AGGACUAUAUAAAUGGCAACUAGCAGGUUCGAGGUAUCAGUGUACAUCAUAUUUUCGAAAACGAAUAUACAGAAGUCUCGAGAAUCAUGAAAUCUUACACAGUGUUAUUAGCUUUGUGCUUUGUCAUUCUCGUAAUGACUCAACAAGCUACUUCUGAGCCGGCUCCCGAACCACACAAAAAUGGUGGCGGUGACUACCACCACGGAGGCGGUGGAAACUACCACCACGGAGGUAGUGACUACCACCACGGAGGCGGUGGAAACCACCACCACGGAGGUGGAAAUUACCACCACGGAGGCGGUGGAAACCACCACCACGGAGGUGGAAAUUACCACCACGGAGGUGGUCAAAAUUACCACCACGGAGGUGGUGGAAAUCAUGGACACGGACACGGACAUGGACACAAAGGAUAUCAUUAAGUUUAACACAAUUUCAUUCUAAUUAUUAGAUUUUAAUAAUAUUAAAAAGCUAUUACUUUUUUUCAUAUUCAUUUAUGUAUCGUAUAUAAUGCAAAAUCAAAUAAACGAUAAUAUAUUAUAA